AUGAUGAUGCACACGCUCCUCCAGAUCGAUCUUCGAUUCAGCAUUAUCUACUUUGAUGCCAUUUCAGUCAUCGCGGAGGUCGGCUGCGUUGGGGAGGUGGUGAAGCACGAGCGCCUCGUCGACAACCGGUUAUUCCUCAUCUGCAAGGGCCAGGAACGGUUCCGAGUGACCAAUCUGGUUCCGACCAAGCCCUACCUGGUCAUCGAGGUGACGUGGCUGGAGGACCGGCUGUCCUGCAACAAGGAAGAGGAUCUGGAGGUGUUGGCGAGCGAGGUGGAGGGGCACAUGAAGGACGUGAUUCGCCUCUCAACCCAGCUCGGUGGGAAGCUGGAGAAGGAGGCACAGGACCUUCGUCAGCACCUCUUUCCGACACCAUUUUCAUUCUUCGUCGGUAGCACAUUCGAGGGCAUGUCGAGAGAGCAGCAGGCGCUACUGGAGUUGGAGGACAUGGCGUCAUGGCACCACCUCGCUGGUACACCGGCCACCGUGCGGCUGAGGAGAGAGAGAGAACUAGAAAAUGACAUGUCGAUCGUUCCAACAAAGCGCCGAAUGUUCCAAGAGAAGUUAAAAGGUAAUGCUGCCUAG